AUGGCAACUCUUGGGGAUAUUGGGGUCUCUGCAUUCAUCAACAUAGUUGGUGCUAUAACCUUUCUUCUGGCCUUUGCUUUUCUGAGAAUUCAGCCCGUGAAUGACAGGGUCUACUUUCCCAAAUGGUACCUCAGUGGGCAGAGAACCAGCCCAAGUAGAGGGUCUGGCAACGUUGUGGGCAAGUUUGUCAAUCUCAAUUGCUGGACUUACUUCACUUUCUUGAAUUGGAUGCCUCAAGCCUUGAGAAUGACCGAGGCUGAGAUCAUCAACCAUGCUGGCCUUGACUCUGCUGCUUUUCUCAGAAUUUACAUUUUGGGGUUGAAGAUUUUUGUUCCAAUGACAGUCCUAGCACUUCUUAUUCUUAUUCCAGUCAAUGUGUCGAGCGGUACCUUAUUUUUCCUAAAGAAAGAGUUGGUUUUAAGUGACAUCGAUAGACUCUCUAUAUCAAAUGUGCGCCCCAAGUCAAUAAGGUUUUUUUACCACAUAGGACUGGAAUACUUGUUCACAUUCUGGACUUGUUACAUUUUAUACAAGGAGUAUAACUAUGUAGCAUCAAUGAGGUUGAAAUUCUUAGCCUCGCAGCGCAGGCGUGCAGAACAGUUCACGGUAGUCGUUAGAAACAUACCACAUGUCUCUGGUCGUUCAAUAUCAGACACUGUAGACCAAUACUUCAAAAGAAACCACCCUAAUGAGUAUCUUUGCCACCAGGCAGUCUACAAUGCAAACAAAUUUGCCAGACUUGUGAGACAACGAGAUCGGGUCCAAAACUGGCUAGACUAUUACCAGCUUAAGUAUGAAAGACAUCCAAACAAAAAGCCAACGACAAAGACAGGAUGUUUGGGACUUUGCGGUAAAAGGGUUGAUGCCAUCGAGUACUACAAGCAACAGAUUAUGGCAUUUGAUAAAAGAAUGGCACUGGAACAAGAAAAGAUUCUCAAAGACUCCAAAUCACUUUUGCCAGUUGCUUUUGUAUCAUUUAGAUCACGUUGGGGAGCUGCUGUGUGUGCACAGACAACACAAAGCAAGAAUCCUACACUGUGGUUGACAAAUUGGGCCCCUGAACCCCGCGAUAUUUACUGGCGUAAUUUGGCUAUACCAUUUGUUUCCUUAAGCAUCCGAAAACUUGUAAUAUCACUAUCCGUGUUUGCUUUGGUGUUCUUCUACAUGAUACCCAUAGCCUUUGUGCAGUCCCUUGCAAAUUUAGAGGGUCUGGAAAGAGUUGCUCCUUUCCUCAGGCCAGUAAUAGAAUUGAAAUUCAUCAAGUCAUUUCUACAGGGUUUUCUUCCUGGUCUUGCCCUUAAAAUAUUUUUAUACAUUCUCCCAGCAGUAUUGAUGAUCAUGUCAAAAAUUGAGGGGCAUAUAGCAUUAUCAACCCUCGAACGGAGAACAGCAGCAAAAUACUAUUACUUUAUGUUAGUCAACGUAUUCUUGGGAAGCAUAGUGACUGGAACGGCUUUUCAGCAACUGCAUGCUUUCCUCCACCAAUCACCUACCCAGAUUCCAAGAAACAUCGGAGAGACUAUACCAUCAAAGGCUACUUUCUUUAUUACUUAUAUUAUGGUCGAUGGGUGGGCGGCAGUUGCUGGUGAGAUUCUCCGUUUGAAGCCAUUGGUUAUAUUUCAUCUUAAGAACAUGUUCUUGGUAAAAACUGAGAGAGAUAGGGAGAAGGCAACAAACCCCGGUAGUGUGGAUUUUCCAGAGACUCUCCCAAGUCUUCAACUAUACUUCCUUCUCGGGAUUGUGUAUGCUGUGGUUACUCCAAUCCUGCUGCCUUUUAUACUAGUCUUCUUUGCUUUUGCAUACUUAGUCUACCGGCAUCAGAUAAUCAAUGUCUACGAUCAACAAUAUGAAAGUGCUGCUGCAUUUUGGCCACAUGUUCACAGCCGCAUCAUAGCAAGCUUGUUGAUAUCUCAACUACUCUUGAUGGGUUUACUAAGCACAAAAAAGGCUGCUAAUUCUACCCCAUUUCUUGUUGCUCUACCAAUAUUAACAUUAUCAUUCCACAAAUAUUGCAAGUAUCGUUUUGAACCUGCAUUCAGAAAGUAUCCACUUGAGGAAGCCAUGGAAAAAGACGAAUUGGACAAAACUACGGAACCUGACAUAAAUUUAAAAUCAUACUUGGCUGAUGCGUACUUGCACCCUAUUUUCCGGUCUUUUGAGGAACAACAUGAGUCUGUUAAAGUUAGAGUUGACAAACAGCAAACUCAUAUUGCUGCUCCCAUUACAAGUGAACUCAGUUCCCCCUCUCCACCACAUCAUGUCAGUGCCCCAUCUCCACCCCAGAAUGUCCAUCAUAUCCCAUCCCAAUACGCCUAUUAUCAGUCCUCUCCACCCCAAUACUCGUAUACUUCGAACUCUCCGCCUAAUUAUGUGUAUCAUUCAACCUCACCGCCACAUUAUUCCUACCAUAAUGAAGAACUGCAAUCCCAUUACACUUACCAUAAUGAAGAUCGCCCGCCCCAUUAUGGCAGUCAUUAUGGCUACCAUAACGAAGAACUGUGACCAUUAAGUUGCUGGUAUGCUUACAAGAACUUCUAACCAUGUUAUCUUCUUUUCGUAGCUACUUACUGCUGCCCGUUUAGUUCAUUUGCCUUGUAUGUAUGUUUCAUUAAUGCUAAUGUAGUUUGGUUGUGGAAAUGAUACUGAAUGCCAUUUUUUUUUUUUGCUGAAAACAGAAGAAAAGUUAGCAGAUAUAUUAUGCACAACUUUUAAGCUUGGCUUAUUUCUCUCUCUUUAAUUGAUAAUCAGAUUGUCGUUCAAGACCCUGCAGGUCAA